AUGAGCAUGGGUAUCUUCUGUUCGUUGGAUCCAGAUAUUAUUCGUGCCCACAUCCUGCCCCGCCUCGAUGGCACAACCUUAACCAUAUUAUCCUGUGUAUCUUCAGAACUCCGCCACAUGAUCUGCAACAACGAAGAUCUAUGGCGGAACAUAUGCACUUCAACAUGGCCUUCUUUGCUAUUGGAUCCCAUAGCUAACAACGUCAUCUCCACUUUUCCCGGUGGUUACCGUUCCUUCUUCUCCUUCAACCAUCACAAUAAUAAUUCUUACUCUUGGUAUCUUUUUGCAGAAUUAAUCCACACCAUUGAUAUCUACUUACAUGGAGAACCUUUGCUUUCAAGAGUUUUAGUUGGCUGCCUAACUACAGAGAAUACUACUCUUAUUUAUGACUCCACAUUGGGCCCAACAAUUCACAUUCCGUUAAAGGAGGGGUGGUUUGAUUAUUUGACAAAGAAUUUGACGUUGAGUUGGAUAGUUAUCGAUCCAACUCGUAAGUGUGCAGUGGACUUGUUUCAUUCUUAUCGCAACCCUUUGUGGUUUACAGGAUCUAGCGGGGGUAGAAAUAUGAUACAGUUUGGGAUUGGAAUGACAAGGAAAGGCCAACUAUGGCCGAAGAUGGAUAUUUGUAAAUUGGAGCUCACGUUUGACUGUAAGGGUUGUAACGACGUCGAUGGAGAUUGGUUGCAAUUGCAUUUGAGGAGAGUAGUGAUGGUAAAUCGUAAUGCAUGA